UACUGCCUUCCUCAGCAGUUUACAGUGCGCCAAGGUCGCUGCCUUGGUUCCCCAGCUUUGCUGAGACAGGGGAGAAGAGCAGCUCCAAACAAAGGAAGGUGGAUGUUGGCGUUGUUCACUUCACUCCUCUGGCUGAGCCUCUCAUCCAGCAGCCCUUCAAACUGGUGGAGAAAGUGGUGAGGAAUAUUUUCCAGUUCCGCAGGAAGUUCUGCCACAAAGGAAUCGGGAUGUUGUUCCCUGAGGCCAGUCGUGACGCGCUGACAGAGGAGAUGAUGCACAAGGCAGACGUGACGCCCACCCUGCGGCCCACAGAACUCACCAUCCCCCACAUCAAGGCGCUAGCGGACGUCUACGCUCACAUGUGUGCCCGCGACCCGCACCUGAUCGGCUUUGAGUUUCGAGACGAGCUGCGACUGAAACACUUGUCCAGGCGGGAGAGGAGCGCAGAUGCCGAGCGGGACGGCGGAGAGCCCCCGGCGACCGCGGUGAAAAGGACAAAGAGAGAGACGAGCUCCCGUUAGCGGCUUUGACAUUUCCACCUGGCGCUGAGAUGCAUUUUUUAACACGCUUUUACACGCAACCAGCAGCAACAACUGUGCGUGUCUGCUUCAAGUUGGGGGACAUAAUGGAGUGUUUGUUGUAGAAUAGCUCAACUAUCAUGUGGGUGGAAAUAACAUGACUGCAUCAUGUCCAGUUCAUUUAUUUGCAUGUCACUUGGGAGGCGGAGCCACGUGGGAGGACAAUAAGCAUGAGUAAACAUGCAGAACAUGUGAUGUGUGGCGGGAAAACAUAUCUAAUGUCACAUGUUUACAUUCAUGUGGGCUUUUUUUCAUUACUGUAUCUCACCACUAUCAUGUCACAUUGCUUUCUAAUAAACAAAAA